AUGAUUUCUAGUCGCCUCGGCGGGGACCACGAUAUCGAGGCUAAGCCCUUCUUCCCCAUUCAGGUAGUUGUGAUCGGGGCAAGCAUUGGAUCAGGCCAUACCUCUGCAGCCCUGGAGCUUCAACGGCGGCUUGAAAACGAUGGUGUCAGCACCGAAUACCAUGACAUUCUCGACGCUCUACCCAUCUUGAUCAGAAUCAUGCUUAGGGAAUUUUAUGCGCCGCUAGUCAACUUCGCCCCUUUACUCUUUAGUUGGCUUAUGGUAGCUUGGGAGAGCGAGUCCUCGUGGAUGGUACAGGUAUUACUAUGGACCGCUUCAGAUCGUCGAGUGCUGGGGUGGAUACAAGGCAAGCAGGCCAUUGUCACGACGCACGCCAUUGCGACCCAGAUUGCAGGCAGACUCAAAGACCGAGCCAAGCACGACAUACCGAUCGCAUCAUAUCACUGUGAUGCAGGAAUACAUCCGCUCCAGCUGCACCACUCUGUCAGCCUGAAUCUCGUACCUGCCAGGAUAGCAGCCCUGGCUUGUAAGAGUUAUGGACACGGUGCUACUGUCAUAGCGCCGUUGGUCCGGCCGCAGUUCAGAGAGCCUAUACACGAUCUCACUCGCUGCAGACUAGAAGAAAGCCUCAGGCUCUGCUCCACAGACCCGGUGAUCAUACUUGCUGCUGGGUCGCUGGGCAUCGGUAAUAUCGUCGGCACUGUGCAAGAUAUUCUCAGAGAAAUGGACACUGCUCGGCUUCUGGUUCUCUGUGGGAGGAAUGACAAGUUACGAAAGCAACUGAAACCAUAUUCGCAGGCGACAGCACUGGGCUGGCGGGAAGACAUUGCUGAGAUCAUUGCCGUCUCCCACGUCAUGGUGCACAAUGCUGGGGGGAUGGCAAUCUGGGAGGCCAUGAUGUCUGGCCUACCCACUGUUACGUACAAUCCACUACCAGGCCACGGCAGGGCAAAUGCUUUAGCGCUCGAGCAGGCCGGCAUCUCGCCGUGGCCCCGCGAUCGUGCUCGUCUCGGGCACUCGGAGGUGCCGUUGGAGUCCAGGCAUCACCCUCCGGCUCGCGAAGCAUUAAGAAACACAGAACAAGACACACAGCAGGCAAGGCAUAUGCUGAUCCCCUUGGAUGUCUCCCAGAAAAGAACCUAA